AUGAAGCCUAUCAACAACUUAGCCAUCCUCUGCGCCGCUGUGGUCACAGCGGCUCCAACGGCUGAUGAUGCCUCGAUCACCAUCCGUUGGAGCCCGAAGCAGACUGCGGGCAACGCAACCCCCGUCAACAAAGGUUACAUUGGCUUCGGCAUCGAGAUGAAAAGCUUCCCCGACUACGCGGGUCGUGACAAGCCCAACGAAUUCUCCAACUUUCUCCUACGCCAAAUUGCCGACCGCACUGGCGGCGCGCCGCUGCACAUCCGCGUCGGCGGCACGUCCAUGGACAACACAGUCUACAACCCCGCCUUCACUGCCGAUGCCGUCAACAUCACCGGCGAUCAAGAGGCGUGCAGGCUGCACACUGACACCGAAAUUGGGAAGCCGUGGUUCCGUUCUUUCAAGAACCUUGCGCCCAAGCUCGCGCCGCAUUACACAGUGCAGGUGCCACUGGCGCGCAAGAAUGUCGACAACGGCAUCAAGUUCGCCAACGCUUGCAUCGAAGCGCUGACCUCCAGCGACGAGACCCCGGAUGGCGUCAAGCUAUCGGCGCGGCUGGAUGCGAUCGAAAUCGGAAACGAACCCAACUUCUACACGAAUGAUAUGCGAGGCGGCUGUCCGCAAGAGAAGGACAGGCAGGAUGGAUGGGGACCGUCAGAGUACGCGAGCGAGUGGACGAAGUACGCCAAGCGCUUGGCCGAGGGCGUUGGCGCAUUGAAGAGGAGCGGAACGAAGGAUUGGUUCCAGGCGCUUACGCUCUCUUCGAACGUUGAGAACAGGGCUGACUGGGGAUUGUCUGCAAUCGGAAACGAGCUUAAUGAUGGUGGAUAUGUUAAGACGGUUUCACAGCACUACUAUCAGGGAGUCGCGACUAAAGUCCUUAAAGAGGAACUUCUUAACCACAGCAUCACCGUCUCACGUAUGCAGGACAAUUUUGGCGCCAACAUCGAAUCCGCUAAGAAUAGAAAAAUUCCAUUUAUUCUUGGCGAGGUGGGCAGCGCUAUCGCCCCUCACGAUGACGAUGACGACAUAAACCCAAAUCUUUACGAUACGCUGGGCGGUGCGCUUUGGACGCUGGACUUUCUAUUGCACGGCAUGACUCUCGGAAUCGCGCGAGUAUCGAUGCAACUAGGCACCAACUUCCGCAUGUCUGCCUGGCAGCCUGUCAAAAGUGAGAAAUAUCCCAAGGCCGUACGUGGAAACUACUACGGCCUCAUCGCAGGCGCUGAAUUCAUUGGCGGCAACGGCGAUCUCCAGAUUCGGCCGCUAGCCGCCGUAGAAGGCCAUCCGAAUAUGGUCGGCUACGCAGGAUAUCAUGGUGGAAAGCUCUCGAAGAUCGCUGUGCUGAACCUCCAGGUCUGGAACGACGGGGACAGGGACAGGCCCGUGAAGAAGGUAUCCUUGGACGCGCUUGGCGAUGAUGUCAACAAGGUAAGGGUGUCCAGGCUAUCAGCUUCUAUGACUACGGCAAGUGCCGGCAUUACUUGGGCGGGUAAGGGCUGGGUUCCGGAUGGCACAGAGUUUCUGGGUGGUGAAAAGCCCUUCUCUAUCAACGUCAAAGACGGGUUUCUGGCGAAAGGUAUUGAGGUUAAAGCGUCGGAGGCUGUCGUGAUUGAGAUCUUACGGGGUUGA